AUGAUCAUGGCAGAACUGGACGAGCUGUGUGAGUUCCUGUCGCCCUCCGCUCGCCUGGAUCUGAGGUCCUCUGCGCUAGACUAUGUCCUGGGACUCACUGGAUCAUCGGAGGGUCUUGCACUCCUCGGGAAACACACGAGACUCCUGCAGCGACUGCUGGAGCUAGCUGGAGACUCGAGCCAACCGGUGUUGUGCCGAGAUUCUCACCUAGCGCUGCUGAACGCCUCUGCAGACGCCGAGCUGGCCGAGAGUCUGGUGAGACUGGACGCCGCCCCUCGUCUGUUGGAAAGAUUGGUCGAUUCUAAGUGGAAGGAGGCGGACAAGAUCUGCAUGACUCUUUCCAACCUGACCCGCGGGGAGAGCGGCUCGUCAGCCGUGUCCCGGGCACUUGCAGAGAGUGGCGGUUGCAGUGUCUCUCUCUACAAUCUCGUGGAUAUCUUUGGGAGGGUGGGCUACAGUAAGCACGCCAACUAUGACUACCUGGCCACCGUCUUCUCUAACAUAUCCCGACUGGGGCUGGUGAGGAAGAUGUUUCUCAACAGAGACAAGUGCAUCGUGCCUCGUCUCCUGCACUACACUCAGAGCAGCUCCCUGACCAGGAGAGGAGGCAUAAUUGGACUCCUCAGAAACCUCUGCUUUCAAGUUGAGAGUCACGAGUGGCUGCUGGGAGAAGAGGUGGACAUCCUGCCGUCUCUCCUCCUCCCUCUGGCUGGGCCCGAGGAGUUGUCUGAGGACGAGGCUGAGAGGCUGCCCAUCGACCUCCAGUAUCUCCCUAACGACAAGACCAGGGAGGAGGACCCUGACAUUAGGAAGAUGCUUCUUGAAGCAUUAACAAAAGCAAGUUCAAAGAUUUUCUUGUACUUGGCCUAUGUGACUAUUUUGAGCAUGUCAGAAGUGUAUAAGGACGAGGGAGUGAGACGCUGCUGCCUGGAGCUAAUCAGCAUCCUCAUUGGGGAGGAGCCUGAGCCAGGUAUGAGGGACCUGGACAAGGUGGCAAUCCCGUCAGAGAUGAGCCGGCAACUGGAUAGACUCGGGGAGACUGGGGGAGCGGUGGACAGUGUUGCAAGUCAGAGUGGGGGUAGUUUAGUGAGUUCAGAAGUAGCCAAGAGUUAG